ACCACACCACCACCACUUCUCCUUCCUUCCACCACCGGAGGAGCAAAGCUGCAAGGGGGGAGAGGGAACCGCAAACAAUUAUCUCUCUCUAUCACUCCCGCACCGCAUAACCCACACACGCACAACGUACAUACAGAUCACUCUUGUACACAGAGAGAGAGAGAGAGAAAGAGAGAGGCCAGGACCGAGGCCGAGGAGGAGAUCGACGCGGAGGGAGGCGGCGGCAAGGGAGAGGCGCGGAGCCAUGGAAGUCGACGGCGGCCGCCAGGCCUACCUCCCGCGCAGCGAGGGCGACGUCGACGACGACGGCAGGGAGAGGAGGACAGGGACGGUAUGGACGGCGGCGGCGCACAUCAUAACGGCGGUGAUCGGGUCCGGCGUGCUGUCGCUGGCCUGGGCCAUGGCGCAGCUGGGGUGGGUGGCCGGGCCGCUCUCCCUGGUGCUCUUCGCCAUCAUCACCUUCUACACCUGCGGCCUCCUUGCCGACUGCUACCGCGUCGGCGACCCCGUCUCCGGCAAGCGCAACUACACCUACACUGAGGCCGUCCAGUCCUACCUCGGCGGAUGGCACGUCUGGUUCUGCGGAUUCUGCCAGUACGUCAACAUGUUCGGCACCGGCAUUGGCUACACCAUCACCGCCUCUAUCAGCGCCGCCGCUAUCAAAAAGUCCAACUGCUAUCACCGGCACGGGCACAAGGCGGACUGCAGCCAGUACCUGAGCACCUACAUCAUCGCCUUCGGGGUGGUGCAGGUCAUCUUCUGCCAGGUGCCCAACUUCCACAAGCUCUCGUGGAUCUCCAUCGUCGCCGCCAUCAUGUCCUUCUCCUACGCCACCAUCGCCGUCGGCCUCUCGCUGACGCAGACCAUCACGUCGCCCACGGGGAGGACGUCACUAACCGGCACGGAGGUCGGGGUGGACGUCGACUCCUCGCAGAAGGUCUGGAUGACGUUCCAGGCCCUCGGCAACGUCGCCUUCGCCUACUCCUACUCCAUCAUCCUCAUCGAGAUCCAGGACACGCUGCGGUCACCUCCCGGCGAGAACAAGACGAUGCGGAAGGCGACGCUGAUGGGCAUCUCGACGACGACGGCCUUCUACAUGCUGUGCGGCUGCCUGGGCUACUCGGCGUUCGGCAACGACGCCAGCGGCAACAUCCUGACGGGGUUCGGCUUCUACGAGCCCUACUGGCUGGUGGACUUCGCCAACGUGUGCAUCGUGGUCCACCUGGUGGGCGGGUUCCAGGUGUUCUGCCAGCCGCUGUUCGCGGCGGUGGAGGGCGGAGCGGCGCGGAGGUACCCGGCGCUGGGCCGGGAGCACGCGAUGGUGUUCCGGCUGGUGUGGCGGACGGCGUUCGUGGCGCUCAUCACGCUGCUGGCCAUGCUGAUGCCCUUCUUCAACAGCAUCCUGGGGUUCCUGGGCAGCAUCGCCUUCUGGCCGCUCACCGUCUUCUUCCCCGUGGAGAUGUACAUCCGGCAGCGGCAGAUCCCGCGGUUCGGCACCAAGUGGAUGGCGCUGCAGAGCCUCAGCUUCGUCUGCUUCCUCGUCACCGUCGCCGCCUGCGCCGCGUCCAUCCAGGGCGUCCAUGACUCGCUCAAGACCUACACGCCGUUCAAGACCAAGUCGUGAGCGACGGAGCUAAUAGCGGAAAGAGAUGCAUGCUCCUGUCUGUCUGUCGCUGUCCCGUACUGUGUUGGUCUCUUUCUCGCCUUGUUGUAGUUCAGGAUUGAAUGGGGAAUAACUUCAGCCGUGUGGUAUCUAUCUGCCUGCUCUUUUUC